CCCUGGAGCGGAUCAGAGAAUUCGAGGCCAAUGGUUGGAUCGAUCCCGCUACUGGACGAUGGUCCUUCCCCAUGGUUUUAUUCCCUAGAAAGACCGGAUCCAUUCACAUUUGCAUCGAUUAUCGGAAACUGAAUGAUAUCACGAUCAAAGAUGUGUAUCCCCUCCCGCGGAUUGAUGAUUUGCUGGAUGCAAUUGGGUGUGCUAACUACUUUAGCAAGUUCGACAUCCGCAAUGGGUUCCAUCACAUAUUGGUGAAGGAAGAGGACCGACCGAAAACGACAUUCGUACUGUUCAAAGGAACGUGGCAAUGGGUUCAAUGUCCUAUGGGCAUUUGUAAUGCUCUGGCUACAUUUCAAAGAGCGAUGCACAUGACCUUCCAUAAUUCCGUUAACAAGACUCAACUGACACAGGGAAUGGUCAACUUUUGCGUUAUCGUGUACAUGAACGACAUCCUAGUGUAUUCGGAAUCGUUUAACAGGCAUGCACAAUAUAUCGAAUGGACAUUUGGAGCGCUGCGAGAUGCGGGCUUCAAAAUUGCCCUGGAAAAGAGCGAGUUUUUCCUGUCGGAAAUCUCGUUCCUAGGGUACGUGGUGACGCGAGGAGGCUUGCGACGGGAUUCGAGAAAAGUCGCGGCAGUUCGAGACGCUCCGACACCCACGUCGCUGGCGCAAGUUCGAGCUUUCUUGGGACUGGCCUCGUACUAUCGUCGAUUUAUCAAGGGUUUCGCGGCAAUCGCACGGCCCCUGACGAACCUCUUGCGAAAGGACCAGCCAUUGAGACUGAAGUGGACCAGGGACAGCGAGCACCCCGCCGUGAACGAAGACAUAGAGUUACUUAUUAUUCAAGCUUGGAGAACGGGGGUAGAAGGAGAUUUGUUGGGAUUCGUCUUCGGAUCGGUGGAAGCAGGACAUCGACAACAGAUCGUGGGGGAGCUUCUAAUCCUCCUGACGCAGCUGCUGGAUGAUCUACCGAUCGACGUCGUCUCGCACUUCGACGAGAAUCCGGCGCCGCAUAUUCUUUUGCGCAGCCUGAUGCCGUAUCUUCAAUGGUUGGCGUGCUUGGAGGGUGAUUGGGACAGCCGUAGUUACCCGUCGUACGGUAACUACCUAAGCCCCGCAGAGAUAAUCGAUCUUCUCUUCUUGGAUCGAGGUGAGCCGACGUUAGAAGAAGAAGAAGAAGACGAAGAAGAAGAAGAAGAAGAAGAAGAAGAAGAAGAAGAAGAAGAAGAAGAAGAAGAAGAAGAAGAAGAGGGAGACGGAUCAGAAGAUACCUCUGAAGAGGGGGCGUAUUAUAGCGAGCAUAGCGAGCAUAGCGAGCAUAGCGAGCAUGAGUCGGGGGCAACAAGCGAAGAAGAAGAAGAGGAAGAGCAAGCAAGUGAGGAGGAAGAGACAGAGCAGGCGGGGACAAAGGGAGAGGACCCUGCGGAAGCAGAACGGCGGAGGGCAGAAAUAGUGAAAGGAAAGCAGCCACUAGAGCAAUCGGUGGGAACUGAAUUGCCAGUUCUGGAUGAUCCGACCCGAGACCCGGAGCCGCCGACAGAGGAAGAUGAGCGCCGCGCUGCAGAGACUUCGAGCGCGCCAACGCAGAGGCAACGGAGUCGCUCGCCCUCCCCUUCCCCCCGUCCCUCAGUUCGAGCACGUGCCAAUGCGGGGCAUCGAGCUUCGUCCCCGGUUAUCAUCCCGUUGUCCCCUUGAUUACCUUACACUUUGGCAAAUCGAUACCCCGCUC